AUGGCAACCAACGGCGCUCAGAAGUCCAUCCGCAAACCUAAUCCGCCUGUGGAAGACAGUCUCUUCAAGUCAUUCCGUCUGGAUGGCAGGACUGUUAUCAUUAGCGGUGGCUCAGGUGGUAUCGGGUACGAGGUAGCAAGGGGAUUAGCAGAAGCAGGAGCAAACAUCGCCAUCUGGUACUCCUCGUCCCCCGCGGCCGUUAAACUCGCCGCGCAAAUCGCCACAGACUUUGGCGUCAAGACCGCAACGUACCAAGUGCAAGUCGAGAAAUACGAGGAGGUUGAAGCAGCAGUCGCAGCCGUCGUGAAGGACUUUGGCCGUCUCGAUGUCAUGAUUGCUAACGCCGGUAUUCCUUCUAAAGCAGGAGGUCUGGAUUCCAGUGUUGAGGACUGGAACCGUGUUCGUGCUGUGGAUUUUGACGGUGCUUAUUACUGUGCGCGCGCUGCUGGGUUGGUGUUCAAGGCGCAGGGUCACGGAAACUGUAUCUUUACCGCGAGCAUGAGUGGGCAUGCUGCCAAUGUGCCUCAGGAGCAGAGUGGGUAUAACGCUUGCAAGGCGGGUGUGAUCCAUCUGUCGAAAUCACUGGCGGUUGAGUGGGCGAAGUGGGGAGGACGAUGCAACUCUGUGUCGCCUGGUUAUAUCGAUACUGCGAUAUCCGGGGACUGUGCUUUCGAGAUGAAGGAGGCGUGGUUUGGACUUACUCCUCUGCAAAGAGAUGCAGACCCGAGGGAGUUGAGGGGUGUUUAUCUUUACCUUGCUAGCGAUGCGAGUUCUUAUACCACUGGAGCUGAUUUCAUUGUUGAUGGAGGAUAUACUGCCCGUUAG